AUGAGCGGUUCCGACAUUUUGGACGAUCUCGACGAUAUCAUCGAAACCACCAACGUGAGGGGAUCUGCUGAAGAACCCCAAGAGGUACAAGUGAGAAUCGACACGCUAUUUGAAAAUCUUGCGUCCUUGAGGAGUUCAGCGGCAACUGCCGUCAGCAGCUCGCGAGCGCUAUUCCAAGAGUUCAAGUAUGCGGAUUGGAUUGAUAUCCGAGAGGACAAUAUCACAGCGGGUCCAUCUAAGCGCCAUGAUAAAGUUAUCGUUCAAGAUGACACAAUGGCAACAUCGGUCGAAAGUCAUAAAGAAGUAGUCGAAGCGCAAGUACCGAAGAUCGAGCGAUCGCUUCUACUCAAGGAUCGAGCACAAAACGCGAUCGCACUGGAUGUAGUCGCAAACACGGCCGAGGCGUCGGAUAUCCUCGCGCCUGUCAAGGCAGCCUGUAAAACAAUAAAGUCGAUCAUUGACGUUAAGCAGACCAUCGACGAUACCCAAGGAGAAUGGAGUGACCUUGUACGCCGCCUGGAGGAAUAUAUGCGGGCUAUUGAGGGCCAAAUCGACUCUCUUGAAAAGUAUCCUCCAGAGGAUAGGGUUGUCGACGGGGCUUUUAGCCAGUCACUAGUUCGUUAUGUCGAACUUCUUGAGGAUAUUCACCGCGCCAUCGUCAAUGAUGCGCAUAAGCGACGCCACACCAUCCGCAGUGUUUUUACGGCUAUCAGAAAAGUGAAGAAGAUCGACAACGAAAUGAUUCUAAAAUUCAAUCGAGAGAUUAAAGGCCGACAUAGGCAAUUCACGGAGGUUUUGGAUCUCUUCAUAAGACAUCGUGUUCAUGUCAUCGAACGGAACACCAAAAUCACCAAGUCGCACGUCGAUGCAUCUUUUCUAUUCCAACUUCCGAUGGUGACAUUCGUCCCAUCCUCGGUGCACAGCACCUGUCUACCAGGAACGCGCCAGGCUGUUCUUGAGACGAUCUCACAUUGGGCCGAGAACAGUACCUCGAAUAACCCAAUAUUCUGGCUGUGCGACAUUGCAGGUGCCGGAAAAUCUACUGUCGCAAUGACUGCAAUGGAGUUAUGGGAGAAGAAGGGAAUUCUAGGUGGCCGAUUCUUCUUCUCCAUGUCGAGCAAGGACGCAUCUACCACUGAGAAAUUGUGCUCGACCAUAGCAAGGGACCUUGUUCACUACAUCCCCGAGCUCGCACCGCACGUUUCGCAGGCUGUGACACGAAAUCCCUCUAUCAUGCGAGGAUCCCUUGACGAGCAGUUUCAAACACUUGUCACUGGUCCCCUCCGGCACCGGCACCGGCACCGACAAGGGCGCAUCAUUCUAGUCAUUGACGCAGUAGACGAAUGCAAGUCUUCAUCACAGCGCAAAAAACUUCUCGAGGCUCUGUCUACGGCCGUCCGAGGAUGCAAAAAUCUCAGGAUAUUCGUGACUAGUCGUCCAGACCCAGUCAUCGAAACCGUUUUGGGAUCGCUCUCGAUCAAAUCAAAGUUGGAGGACCGUCUUCAUAGCCUCCGUCAUCGCGAUAAUAUCGAUGACAUUGCGAUCUAUGUGGGCCAAACACUGGAUGGAGUGCUAUCAAAGGACAAGAUACAACGACUGGUUGAAAAAGCCAACGGGCUAUUCAUUUGGGCGAGCACUGCCUGCCGAAUGCUCACAGAUGAAGCCACUCUUAACUCCCCCGACAGUCUAUAUGACCGCUUGAUCUCUCUGGAUCAACGUGGAGCUAUAGACAAGGUAUAUGACCUGAUCUUCGAGCGAAUAGAUGAGGAAUCCCAUCCAGUGUUGUGUCAAAUGUUCGCUUUACUUCUCGUAGCAUUCGAGCCACUCACGAUCGACGACAUGGAGGACCUGAUAAAGCAUCUACGAGUCCCUGGAGCCGUCAGGGGCUUGAUCAACAAUUUCGGAAGCGUACUCAGUACAGAGCCAAGUACAAAUUUCAUCCAAUUUCGUCAUCCCACCCUCGUCGAGUAUCUUCAACGGUGCUCCAACUCCCCAGCCGGCGGAAGCCAUAAGAGAAUCUAUCUUGACGUCAUCAAUGCGCAUGCUCAAGCUGCUUCGUGGUGUCUUCAACACCUCAAGUCGCGGACGGAUGGUCUCAAGUUCAACAUAUGUCAAGUCGAGUCAUCUUUCUACCUCAACAAUCAGAUCCCAGAUCUUGAUGAGAAAAUAUCCAAAUUUAUUCCGAGAAGACUUCGAUAUGCCAGCUCGCAUUGGUUGUUCCAUGUAUCGGAAAUGUACGACAAGAAGCCGUGCCCGCUCGAGAACGAUGUUCGGUAUAUUGUUCAGAGUCCACAAGUGCUAUAUUGGAUGGAGGUUCUCAGCUUCACGAGAAGCGUGCCACGAGCAAUCGACGGUCUGCGCGUGCUCUCAGAUAACAUGGCACUCACAGAAGACAUAAAAUGGCGGAUCAAUGAUACCCUAAGGUGUUUGAUAGCGUUUUUGGUGCCAGUUCAGGACAGUGCUCCACAUAUUUACAUCUCAGCGCUUCCGUUUAUGCCCAAAAGGUCUAUUCUACGGAUUGAAAGCCUAAGGGAGUAUAGUGAGACGUUGAGGGUGACUGAAGGCCUUGAGGAGGUGUAUCCUGGGUUCCCUGACAGUUUGCGAGGCCAUACCAACUGGGUCACCACCGUCGCAUUCUCGCCAGACGGCUCACGAAUCGUCUCUGGCUCUGGAGACCAGACAAUUCGACUUUGGGACGCAAAGACUGGUGAGCCGAUGGGAAAGCCACUUAGAGGCCACACCAACUGGGUCACCGCCGUCGCAUUCUCGCCAGACGGCUCACGAAUCGUCUCUGGCUCGAGAGACCAGACAAUUCGACUUUGGGACGCAAAGACUGGUGAGCCGGUAGGAGACCCACUCCGAGGCCACAGCCACUCGGUCAACGCCGUCGCAUUCUCGCCAGACGGCUCACGAAUCGUCUCUGGCUCUUACGACGAGACAAUUCGACUUUGGGACGCAAAGACUGGUGAGCCGGUAGGAGACCCACUCCGAGGCCACAGCAAUUCGGUCACCGCCGUCGCAUUCUCGCCAGACGGCUCACGAAUCGUCUCUGGCUCUUGGGACGAGACAAUUCGACUUUGGGACGCAAAGACUGGUGAGCCGGUAGGAGACCCACUCCGAGGCCACAGCAAUUCGGUCACCGCCGUCGCAUUCUCGCCAGACGGCUCACGAAUCGUCUCUGGCUCUUACGACGAGACAAUUCGACUUUGGGACGCAAAGACUGGUGAGCCGGUAGGAGACCCACUCCGAGGCCACAGCAACUCGGUCGCCGCCGUCGCAUUCUCGCCAGACGGCUCACGAAUCGUCUCUGGCUCUUGGGACGAGACAAUUCGACUUUGGGACGCAAAGACUGGUGAGCCGGUAGGAGACCCACUCCGAGGCCACAGCAACUCGGUCGCCGCCGUCGCAUUCUCGCCAGACGGCUCACGAAUCGUCUCUGGCUCUUGGGACGAGACAAUUCGACUUUGGGACGCAAAGACUGGUGAGCCGGUAGGAGACCCACUCCGAGGCCACAGCAAUUCGGUCACCGCCGUCGCAUUCUCGCCAGACGGCUCACGAAUCGUCUCUGGCUCGAGGGACCAGACAAUUCGACUUUGGGACGCAAAGACUGGUGAGCCGGUAGGAGACCCACUCCGAGGCCACAGCAAUUCGGUCACCGCCGUCGCAUUCUCGCCAGACGGCUCACGAAUCGUCUCUGGCUCUUGGGACCAGAAAAUUCGACUUUGGGACGCAAAGACUGGUGAGCCGGUAGGAGACCCACUCCGAGGCCACAGCCACUCGGUCAACGCCGUCGCAUUCUCGCCAGACGGCUCACGAAUCGUCUCUGGCUCUUACGACGAGACAAUUCGACUUUGGGACGCAAAGACUGGUGAGCCGGUAGGAGACCCACUCCGAGGCCACAGGUACUCGGUCAACGCCGUCGCAUUCUCGCCAGACGGCUCACGAAUCGUCUCUGGCUCUUACGACGAGACAAUUCGACUUUGGGACGCAAAGACUGGUGAGCCGGUAGGAGACCCACUCCGAGGCCACGGGCACUCGGUCACCGCCGUCGCAUUCUCGCCAGACGGCUCACGAAUCGUCUCUGGCUCGAGGGACCAGACAAUUCGACUUUGGGACGCAAAGACUGGUGAGCCGGUAGGAGACCCACUCCGAGGCCACGGGCACUCGGUCACCGCCGUCGCAUUCUCGCCAGACGGCUCACGAAUCACAAUUCGACUUUGGGACGCAAAGACUGGUGAGCCGGUAGGAGACCCACUCCGAGGCCACGGGCACUCGGUCACCGCCGUCGCAUUCUCGCCAGACGGCUCACGAAUCGUCUCUGGCUCGAGGGACCAGACAAUUCGACUUUGGGACGCAAAGACUGGUGAGCCGGUAGGAGAGCCAUACCAAGGCCACAGCGGCUCGGUCAACGCCGUCGCAAUCUCUCAAGACGGCUCACAACUAGUCUCUGGUUCUGAAGACAACACCGUUCACCUUUGGGAUGCGGAUAUUGUUCUACCGUCAAAACAUUUAUUCCAACACCGUGUCGACCAGGACAACGCUAUGGCGUCGUUGCCGGGGAAUUUAGCAAGCAUAUUGGGCUCAACGAGUGAUAUGGGUCCACUCUUUCCAGAAGCAUUUGGUCCGUAUAAUGGGGAGGACAGCCGCUUCCAAGAGACAGAGGGAACCCCCCAACGUACGGAUGUCACCCAGGAAAUGGAUGGGAUUCCUUUAAACACUCUUAUUCCCGGCUUCAAACAGUGCUCACUUAUGCACGAUGGCUGGGUGAAAUUGUCUGGUAGAUUUCUCUUUUGGGUGCCACCAAACAAUCGACAUGGACUACAAUAUCCACAAUCCCUUCUGAUCAUGCCGAAGACGAGUUCUCUUCGUGUCACCAAAAUCGAUUUCAGUCAUUUUCAAUGUGGCCACUCUUGGAUCAAAGUUCGAAAAACUACCACCCGGUGA